GCAGAGCGCAGCUCGCGUCGCGUUGCGUUGCGUUGCGGUCCCUGGCGUGUCGUGCAGUGUGCCCUCCUUUGGCCUCCCAUCAUUCCCCAACGAACGAGCGGCUUUUCUCCGCAGGCGAGGAAGCCAAGACUCCAUCACCGGACCGCCACAGAGAGAGAGAGAGAGAGCUGAAGGCAUUUCCUCCUGCUCGGUUCGGCCUCGCGUGACGGAAGCGCUCGAGAGAAUUUCUCCGAUGGGCUUGUUCGAUUCUUCUUGGUGACUUUUUAUUCAAAAUCCUCGUGGGCCGGAAUUUCGUGCCUGUCGCAGUUCGCUUUUCAAAUUCGCCAGGUGAUCAGGGCAUGUGGGGGACAACCUGAACAGGUAGAGAGGGAAAGGGACUCUCUGAAGGGCAUCGGAGGUGGACUGCUGGUCAGAGAGGCGGAGGAGACGAAAGGGGAGAGGGUAGAUUCUUAAGCAAACAUGGCUCCCGACCCGAAAGAGAAUGGCAGUAGUGUGGAUCGGAUGGACCACGACGAACAACCUGCUUCCACCAAAGUGCCUGCAAAGGACGCGAAGGAUGCGAAGAAAAAGAAAGACGAGAAGAAGGACGAGGAUCUGUCCGAGGAAGACGCAGCUUUGAAGGAGCAACUGGAACUUUAUGUGGAAAGAGUGAAUGACUCUAACCCAGGAAUUCAGAAGAUGGCCUUGGAAAGCAUGAGACAAGAAAUUCGUACCGCCACAAGCUCGAUGACCUCCGUACCGAAACCUUUGAAGUUUUUAAGACCACACUAUAAGACUCUCAAGGGUUAUUACGAGACUAUGGAGACUCCAGAGCUGAAGAUGUUCCUCGCUGAUAUCAUUUCAGUGUUGGCGCUGACAAUGUCGGAGGAAAAUGAGAGGGAAAGUCUGCAGUACCGAUUAUUGGGUUCAGUUGGUGAUAUUGGCUCUUGGGGUCACGAAUACGUCCGGAAUCUUGCCGGGGAGAUUGGUCUGGAGUUUCAACAGCGGCAGGUGAACGAGAAAUCAGUUGAGGACCUCAUGGACCUCGUCAAACAGAUUGUGCCUUUCCAUGUCAAGCACAAUGCCGAACCCGAAGCAGUCGAUCUGCUUAUGGAGGUUGAAAGCCUUGAAUUGUUAAUUGGGCAUAUCGAUAAGGGUAAUUACAAGCGGACAUGCUCAUACUUGACAAGCUUCUCCAGCUACAUGCCGGAGCCAGAUGACAUGCUAGUGUUGGAUGUUGCUUAUCAAAUCUACCGCAAGUUUGAGAAGUACCCCGACGCGAUGCGGGUGGCACUGCGUAUGGACAACUCUCAGUAUAUAAAGGCCACUUUUAAGGACUGCAACGACUUCCUAGAGAAACAACAGCUAUGCUACAUAUUGGCUCGUCAGGGUGUAUCACUUGAUCUGGACGAUGGUUCUUUGGCCUCAGAAGAUCAAAAGGAGAAAUUGCAAGAGAUAAUCAGCAACAGCAAACUUAGUGAGGGUUACCUUACGCUGGCUCGUGAUCUCGAUGUGAUGGAACCGAAGACCCCAGAAGACAUAUAUAAGGCUCACCUUGUUGAUGGAAGGGCUGGUGCUGGUGCGAGUGUGGAUUCUGCGCGCCAAAAUUUGGCCGCUACUUUUGUGAAUGCGUUCGUCAAUGCUGGUUUUGGCCAGGAUAAAUUGAUGACUGCUCCAAAUGUUGAUUCAUCAAGUGGAAGCAGCGCAAACAGCUGGCUUUUUAAGAACAAGGAGCACGGUAAAGCCAGUGCCGCAGCAAGUUUGGGUCUCAUUCUUUUGUGGGAUGUCGAUGAUGGAUUACCCCAAAUUGAUAAGUACUUCUACACUCAAGAUAAUCAUAUCAUCGCUGGUGCACUGUUGGCUGUUGGAAUUGUCAACUGUGGUGUGCGGAACGAGUGUGACCCGGCAUAUGCUCUGCUUUAUGAGUCUGUAAACAAGGAAGAUUCAACCACACGCAUCGGUGCGAUCAUGGGACUCGGUCUGGCUUAUGCUGGUUCCCAAAAAGAAGAGGUGCUGGAGCUCUUGACACCUAUCGUCACGGACUCCAAGGUCGGGAUUGACGUCGCUGGGUUUGCUGCGAUGUCACUGGGACUCAUCUACGUGGGUUCUUGCAAUCAAGAAGUUGCGCAGUCAAUAUUGCAUGCUUUGAUGGAGAGGAGUGAAAGCGAACUCGGGGAGCCCAUGGGGCGUUUCCUGUGUCAUGGUCUUGGACUCUUGUACCUGGGAAAGCAGGAUGAUGUAGAUGCGACCAUGGAGGUGGCGAAGACCCUGAAUCCGAAGAUAUCGCAGUACUGUCAAGUUACGCUGGACUCGUGUGCUUAUGCUGGAACGGGCAACGUACUCAAGGUCCAACGCCUUCUCGGGUUAUGUGCAGAUCACCUUGACAAGGGUGAGAGUCACCAAGCUCCUGCUGUCCUUGGUAUCGCGUUAGUGGCCAUGGCCGAAGAACUUGGGCUGGAAAUGGCCAUUCGCUCCUUGGAGCACCUUCUGCAGUAUGGAGAACAGAAUAUAAGACGUGCUGUUCCCUUGGCCCUAGGAAUCUUAUCUAUAUCGAAUCCUAAAAUUGCUGUGAUGGAUACUCUUAGCCGACUAAGUCAUGACAGCGACUCAGAAGUUGCCAUGGCCGCUACUAUGUCUCUUGGUCUCAUUGGUGCCGGAACCAACAAUGCUCGUAUUGCUGGCAUGCUUAGAAAUCUUUCUAGCUAUUACUACAAAGACCCCAGCCUGCUAUUUUGUGUUCGAAUUGCGCAAGGUUUGGUGCACAUGGGGAAAGGAUUGCUGACUUUGAAUCCAUAUCAUUCUGACAGAUUCUUGCUGUCCAAUGUCGCCCUUGCGGGCUUGAUGACUUUCUUGCACGGAUGCCUGGACAUGAAGUCAGUGAUCCUCGGAAAGUACCAUUACGUGUUGUACUACCUAGUGUUGGCAAUGCAGCCACGGAUGCUCAUUACACUAGAUACAAAUUUGAAACCUCUAUCAGUACCUGUGAGGGUGGGUCAAGCGGUGGAUGUAGUGGGACAGGCCGGUCGUCCGAAGACCAUCACCGGUUUCCAGACCCAUACGACUCCUGUUCUUCUGGCGACUGGAGAUAGAGCUGAACUCGCGACUGAGAAGUACUUACCCUUGUCAUCUGUACUCGAGGGAUUUGUCAUUCUCAAGCCUAAUCCUGAUUAUCAACACGAUCAUCUCAGCAGUUAGGUUCAGCUUCAAGUUUUGUAGGCAGUUGGGAAAAAUAAAGGUAGAAAUCGUAGACGUCUUCUUCCCAUUCUUUGUACAUGCCCAAUUUAAUGUUAUUGCAUGGGCUGGCCGUCCAUGCACCGCCUUUACUGGGACUGCAGAGUGAGAGGCAAGUUGUAGAAUUAUUUAGAAAUGAUAGAUGGCACUAUCCGUGGGGUAAUGCCAUUCUAUUUGCAGUGAAAGGAAAGUUGGACACGAUACCCACCCGAAAGUAUCUCACAAGACAGGGUCCUGCUGUUGCAUCAUGUUUUUUGUGUGUCUGUUCUCUGGUCCCAGUCAGAAAGAAUGCUGAGGCGAGUUGCUGACCUUUUUCCCUGACAUCGAGAUCCAUGUCCACUUUAGUCACCUGGAGCAUGAAAGUGAACUAUGUCAAGCAUUUGCCUUCGUAAUUAAGGACUCUUCAGUACUAAAGACUACUGCGGGCUCGCAAACAGGCAAGGGAAUCUCAGCCAAAACCUUACUUGGGCGAGUGAUUGUAAACAGGGUUUUGUGAAUCAGCAUGAAAUCAACUCUUCAUCAGAUUU